AUGGACGAGCAGUACUGUCCUGAGAAGUGGCCACCACCGGCCGACAAACUGCCGCCGAAGCCGGCGCGGGGAGACUUCCCGAGCGACGCAGAAUUCGGCGCCGCCGUGCAUGCGCGGUCGUGCCUGCUCUGUAGAUGGCGGCGAAACUACGGCCGUCUGAAGAGGGACCGGGAAGGGUACCCCAACUCGAGCGGGUUACAGAAGCGAUCAGAGCAUCUCAAGAAAGCGAAGAGAGCGAGGGAUUACCUCGGGUUAAGGCGGACGAGGAAGAAGAAGCACCACCGGAAGAAGAUGAAGCUGAGUGGCUGCAGCAUCAUCGGGGAGGUGAACGGAAUCCGCCCCGCACUAGCAGACGCCGGCCAUGUGGGGGAUGAAGAAGACGAACGAGAAAUAGAGGAAGACGACAGCAUCGAAUGGAACUGCGCGGCUGGGGAUGGCGAAGAAGACCUAGGCGAGGAGAUUGACCUCACCCAGGACGACGAUGGAGAGGAGGCCGAGCCGGGGACGCGGCAAUGGUUGAUGGAGAACGCGCCACAGGGACGGCAGUGCCCCGCCCAUAAGGACGAAACCCGCGCCUCUCUGAUGCUGCUGGGCAUCAAGCAAGAAGCGGGAGACAACGGUGGCGAAGAGGAAAAGCAGAUGUAG